AUGCCCCAUACCUUCGUCAACGGCCGCAUCUUCACGGCAGACGACACGAGCGACGAUCUGGCGCAAGCGCUUGUGGUGGGCGACGACGGCAAGGUCGAAUUCGUCGGAGACGCUUCGACUGCUUCCUCUCGCUACCCUGCCGCACCUUCGACGGAUCUCGGAGGCCGAUGUGUCAUUCCCGGCGUGAUUGAUGCCCACUCGCACCUUGGCAUGCUCGGAGGCUCGCUCCUCAAGCCCGACCUCAUCCACGCCCAAACCCUCGCCGACAUCGAACGCAUCCUCGUCGACUUCCGACGGCGCAACCCAGAUGCGAAGCGUCUCCUCGGACGAGCAUGGAGGUUCGAUUCGCUUGUCGACGAGGCGGGCAAGAUCCAGCCUCCGAGCAGGCACUUUCUCGACCGGAUCCUCCCUGGUGUGCCGGUCUACCUCGACUCGAUGGACCUCCACUCCGUGUGGUGCUCGACCGCGGCGUUCGAGGAGAUGGGCAUCGACGGCUCGAUCCAGGACCCGAAGGGCGGACGUUUCGAGCGGGAUGCGGCAGGCAGCUUGACGGGACUCGUCCUCGAGAACGCCGUAGUCGACCACGUCUGGUCCUUCCUCGCCGCCCAGCUCACCCAGCAAGAACGUCACGAUGCCCUCGAGGCAGCCUUCUCGUCCUACCUCGCGACGGGCGUGACGGGCGCCAUUGACAUGGCGAUGUCGCCGCCAGACCUCGAGGCGCUCGAGGAGUCCUAUCACGCUUCGGGAGAUGAGCUGCCAAUCCGCGUUGCCGCUCACUGGCUCAUCUCGCCCGAGGGUACCGAAGCGGACCGACUCGCUCGAGUGCAUGAGGCGAUUCGACACCGCGACCGUCUCGCUUCGUGCGCUCCCUACCUUCGCGUCGUUGGCAUCAAGGUCAUCACGGACGGCGUGAUCGACGCCUGCACGGCCUAUAUCAAGGAUGCUUAUGCAGAUGGCUCGCGUGCCGACCCGAUCUGGACUUUCGAGGAACUCGGGCCGGUUCCCGUUGAGGCGGACAAGGCUGGCCUGCAGAUCGCCUGCCACGCUAUCGGUGAUGCCGCCGUCAGUGUCGCCCUCGACGCCCUCGAGCACACCUUCGCCGUCAACGGGCCUCGCCACGACCGCCGUCACCGCCUCGAGCACAUGGAGCUCAUCUCUCCCGAAGACGUACAUCGCCUCGCACGCCUCCAGAUCACCGCCUCGCUCCAGCCUGUUCAUGCCGACCCUGUCAUCGCGCCCAACUGGCACGCUCAGCUCAACUACGACGAGCGGACGAAGCGGGCCUUCGUCUGGGACGAGUUCCGCAACGCAGGCUGCCGCAUCGCCCUCGGUACCGACGCCCCGACCGCGCCGCACUACUCGCUCCCUAACAUGUACGUUGCGACGACUCGCCGUUCCGCUCUCGAGCCCGACAUGCCCUGGCCGCCGCCCAUCAAGCAGCUCGCCAAGUACGGCCACACCGUCUUCUCCCUCCGCGACGCAUUGAUCGGCGCAACUCGCGGCGCCGCACACUCCUGCCACUCCGACGCAGAGGUGGGCGUCCUCGCGCCUGGCAGGUCGGCCGACUUUGCAGUCCUCUCGAUUGAUCCGUUCAAGGACGGAGUCGACUGUCUCGCGAAGGCGCAGGAUGCCGUCGUCGAGACUUGGGUCGCUGGAAAGAAGGUCUUCUCGCGAGCGUAG